AUGAACCCGAAAAUUGUCAUCAUCGGUGGCGGUUUAGGUGGAUUUGCCGUUGGUGUGGGAUUGCUGCAACAUGGAUUCACUAAUGUCACAGUAUACGAACGAGAUACCGGCAUGGACAGUCGUCGUCAGGGUUAUGGAUUAACUAUUCUACAAGGAAUCAGCGCAUUAAAACGGUUAAAUGUAUUCGAAGAAGUGCAUUCACUCGAUACACCUUCACGAUCACAUUAUAUUUUUGAUAAAGACGGAGGUAUGAUCGGUUUUUUCGGAACUAUAUUCUGGCCAGAAGCGGAUAGUCAACCAAAAGCAAAUAAGAAGCAUAAUCUACAUAGUGAAAGACAAGAAUUACGACGAAUUCUCAUGAAUCGAUACAUUUCCAUACAUCCACUCGGCGCAGGUGGUACUCAAUGGAAUUAUCGACUUUCUCAGAUCGACCGUGCUGCACGUACAGUUUCGUUCACAAACGAAUGUACAGUGACGGACGUUGAUGUUGUCAUCGGUGCUGAUGGAAUUAACGGUUUAGUUCGUUCAUUUAAAUACGAUCCAGCCAUUGAUAAACCUUUAAACUAUUUGGCGAAGGAUCGUGUGUUUCAAACCAUGGAUGGAUGCUUUCGUCUUUUCGCUAUGCCGUUCUCCAAAUCUCGACCAGACGAAUCGAUUAUGUGGCAACUUUCGUUUCCCGCUUCACAAGAAUAUGCUACGGAAUUAUCUCGAAAUUCGGAAAUGUUAAAGCAAAUGCUCGCGGACAAAUGUGCUGAUUGGCACGCUCCCAUACCGGAAAUGAUUGCGAAAACAAAACUAAAUCUUCUAAUGGGUAUACCAGCAUUCGAUCGAGAUUUAAUGGAAAUUCCCGAUGACGACAAAACUGGUAUUCAAAUUGCUUUGAUUGGCGAUGCUGCCCAUCCAAUGUCUCCAUUCAAAGGCCAAGGUGCUAAUCAAGCUCUUCUCGAUGCUGUCGAUUUAAGCGACACAAUCGCUCGAAAUCAAUCCGACUUACCUGCUGCUGUUAAACAGUAUGAAGAUCGAAUGAUCAAACGUGUGUAUUCAAAGGUGAUGCAAUCGCGAGAGCGUGUAACAAGUUUUCAUCGACCGGAAGUGCUUUCAACAGAGAACUUUUCCUAUCGUGGUGUGGAUGACGCAUUGAUGCAAAGGCUAAAUAAGCUCAAAAUUAAUGCUACAUGGAACGAUCCCAAUAUCUCCAUUGAACAGGCAAUAGCUGAUGAAUUAAAUGAAAAUAUUUCCAGUGCAGAAAAAAAUUGA